AUGCUCGGCAAUUCUACCACUUCAAUCGGGGUAUACGAUGACACGAGGCUGCAUGUGCGGCAAGCUGAGUGGAUGGCCGUUCUCGGCCUCGCCCUCGGCAUCAUCGGACUACUCCAGAGCGGACUUUUCGUCUACUCGGCCAUAAUGGGUUUGGGAAAAGGACAGGGCGACCCCGGCGUGCCACCGGAGUGGGGAAAACCAUGGCCGUUUACCAUUGCCACUGGCUUAGAGGGCCCCAAAGUAAAUGCGAGUGAACCUCUCCGCGGCUCGGGAGGGCCGUUCCCAGAGAUACAUUUAUUCAACGACGUCGGAGACUACAUUGGUAUUUCAAAAGAUAGGAACGCGUACAUCGGGCCGAACAUGCCGCGUGCCUUGAACAUAUACCCGAUCAAUCGAAAGGAGCACGAAUUUCAAUACGCGACGUUUGCCAUAUUGGAAGCUAAAGGUCGUGGUCGAGAUCCUUUAUGUAUUGUGGAUCUUGGAAUCGGCUCGCCGAAUGUGAGUAUGCAUCCUGUCCUCAGGGAUGCGGAUCCAGUCUCGCAACAACUGGAGGCUCUCACGAAACAGUUCUGCGGAGCAAUUGAAAAGGAGGGGGCCUCAGUUUUCAAUGCCUAUACAGCGCGCUCUUGCGGAGCCGCCUGGACCCACAUCCCCAUGGACAUUAUCAACGCGACCACCGAAAGUGCGCACGACUUUUUUUGUAACCGCCCUGCCGUUCUGAGCUUCUGGUCAAGGUUGCCAGAUAAGCACAAGGUCCCCGGUCUCCUGGUCACUGAUUUAGGCAAGCGGGGCGAGAAGACUCUCAAUGAUACUCUGAGGGAACACGAGGGCAAGGAGAAGCCUGGGAGGCCAACGCCGCGAGGCAGCGUCCUGUCUCCGCACGAGGACACAAUCACCAUUGCGCGCAAGCUACCAUCGCACGGCCUGUCGGCCAUUGAACUCUGCGAGGAUGCGUUGUCGAGGGGGCCCGAUUAUGUCAAUCUCCCAGAGGGCAAGUUUUGCCGCAUGUCAGAUAAGACGCUGUGGCCCACGUGUGACUACCACUCUCCGGAUGGGCAGAGAGACAAUUGCUUUGACGCGGGGUCCAGACAGCUGGUCAUUGGGGGCAAGGUGACGCGUAGCAAGCCGUACUCGAGGGAGAUCAACUAUCCUCUAGAGUGA